AUGACGCUAGCCUCCGGCGCCCUUGGUUGGAUUUUGCUACUGUCAAGGCUGAUAUGUACAACUUUGGCAUCGUUUGAAGUGGUGGAGCACUUCAACUGGGCAACAAUCCAGUCCUCUAAGGAGCUUCAGUAUCACAAGUGUUAUGGCUCCUUCGAAUGCUCCAAACUCGAGGUCCCCCUUGACUGGUCGAACCUCUCAAAUCCCAACACCAUUUCUCUUGCGAUCGUCAGGCUGCCUGCUGUUGUCGACGUUGCAGACGAGUCUUUCGGCGGUACUAUCGUCAUCAAUCCAGGAGGCCCGGGCGGCUCGGGAGUUGGCUUUACCCUAACCGCGGGAAAGGGCAUACAGAAAAUCGUCGAUAAUGACAACCAACACUUUGAGAUCCUCUCAUUCGACCCUCGCGGUAUACAGUUCUCAGGUCCCGAGGUAGCCUGCUUUCAUGAUAAUUCCGCACGAAUUGAGUUGUCCAUGCGGAGCACAGGAGCUGGGAGCCUCGAAUCAAGUCAGUAUGCUACUGAUUUGAAAUGGGGCAUUGAUCAAGCUAUUGGGCUUGCGUGCCAACGAACCAACAACGGACACUUUCCGGAUGGCUCGAACAGCCGUCAGUUCGUGAGCACAGCUUUGGUAGCGCGAGACAUGGUGGAAAUCAUCGAUCGGGUCGAUGCCGACUUACAGAAGGAAUUGCAAUUGAGAGGCAGACCACGACAGGAUCGACAGAAGCCUAUGUCUUCGGAUUCGCAAAGCGACCCCCCGCUACUGAAUUAUUGGGGGUUUUCUUACGGUACGUACCUGGGCAAUACUUUUGCCAGUAUGUUCCCCGAACGCAUCGGCCGGAUGGUGCUGGACGGAGUUGUCGAUGCGGAUGAUUAUGCUGCCACCGGCUGGACGACCAAUCUUCAAGACAACAACAAGACCUGGGCCAAGUUCUUUGAGUACUGCCACGAAGCAGGGUCGAAAUGUGCCUUGUUCGAACCUUCGAUUCGUGGACCAGAGGAAAUUCAAGCAAAAGUUGAGGCAUUCCUUGCAGAGCUCCAGGACAACCCAAUCCCAUUCGUCUACAAUGGCAAUGCCUAUAUUCACACAUACUUCGACAUGAAAGCCGUUAUCCACGCUCAUUUAUACUCACCGUAUCCUCUCUGGCCCCUCCUCGCACUCAUGUUGUUUGCUCUCAUGGAAGGAGACGUCUCGACAGCAGCGGCAGUUUGGCGGCGUUCCGUACCGCGAGGCUUUCCGCCUUCUGUCCCAUUACCACUACCACCUCUCCUUCCGAUACACACCACUCCCAACGGCAUUAUGGACAACCGGACACGUCUUUUCGACUAUCCGUGGCGUUGGGAAGCUACAAUGUCGGUCCUUUGCGGUGAUGGUGACGAUAUUACGUCCUGGACGAAACCCGAUUAUGCAGAAUAUCUUACUUUAUUGGAGUCACAAUCCCCCUUGGUCGGAUCGAUCUGGGCAGAAAUCAUCUUACCCUGCAUUCACUGGCCGGCCUCUGUGCGUCCGGCAUCUCAAAAUCGGUUCACGGGUCCUUUCAAAUCCAACCUAACAGAUUAUGAUUCUCGUGGUAGUCCCCUCUUGUUCAUUGGAAACACGGCGGAUCCGGUGACACCAGUGCGCAAUGCAGUCAAGAUGUCCGAAAGGCAUGAGGGGAGUGUGGUUCUUACGCAGGAUAAGCCUGGACAUUGUUCAGGAAUCACCAGGCCGAAUGAAUGCGUCUCUGAGAUUGUGAGGGCUUUCUUCGCUCAUGGGACAUUGCCAAAACCUGGCCUUGUAUGUGAUGGUACCAGGAGGCCAUGGGAUGACCUCUAG